CGUAAGUGACCGUCGCCGCACCUUACCAAACUGCGGUCGCGCAGUCGAAUAACGUCUCCUCACAUCUCAUUCGAAAUUACUCAACAUUCUUCUCGCGCCAAUAUGUCUCGCGAAGAAUCGCCUUUCGUGCGCGCUCCAGCUGAGGACGAGGGCUAUAACUCAAUUCAUCGCGCGUUUCUUCAAGCGUUCCAUACGCACAGUGUCCUCACAGUAAACCAAAUGAAGUCUAUACUCGCCCAUGUGAUGACUGCACACAACCCCGAACGACCAUGGACAGCAGGCGACGUGACCCAACCAAACAUCACGUCCACCAUACAAACCAUAAACGCCAAAAUCGAAGCCUUCGACUACGAGAUCCGAUCAACACGCGACCAGCAAACCAAAGAAAUCAUAUACGCCCUCGUUAACAAUGCAAGCGACACCGUCACCCAAUUCGCUACCACCUUCUCCGCAAACGAAAUCGCAUACAUAAGACGCGUCCUCGACCAAAUGUUUGAGACGAACAACACCAACAUCCGCGAGGUCAUGGCGGUGAAACAUACCGAAGCUUCACAGCUCGCUCGCACCGCGCGUAGGAACAGACAGAGUCAGGCAAACAGUAGACAGAGCCAGAUCAACGGCGAUGCAGAAGACACCCAGGCCAGCGCUGAUACAGGGAUAUCAAUAACAGAGGCAGAUCAGGUCCUGGAAACACUUGUCUCGCAAGCCUUCUUCCAAAAGUCCAAGGCGGGAUACUAUUCCCUGGCUCCGCGCGCGCUCAUGGAGCUCCGCGCCUACCUCAAGGAAACGUACAAUGAGUCUGCCGACGAUAAUGAGGAAGGUCGGGAAGUCAUUAGGAUCCGGGAUUGUGAGGGAUGUAAGGAGAUUGUCACGUUUGGCAUACGGUGCAAUAAACGAGAGUGUGGGGUUAGGUGGCACGAUGCGUGUGCUAAUAGCUACUAUCAGGGCAGAAGCGGAGAUCGUAGGAAAUGUCCAAAGUGUCAAACCAUAUGUACAGGAGACGUGUUUGUGGGGGAGAGAGCGGCUUGGACCGGGGGAAGGGCGAGUACCGGUGGUAAUCGGCGCAGCACGCAGCAGCAGGAUGUGGAAGAUGAAGUAGAUGAGUGAGGGCAUGAAAUACGAGCCAGGAACGUCGGAAUCAAGAUACCCGUGGGCAAUCAGGCGUCGGAAGUUUUAUGAUUUUGGAGUUGAAGCCAAGAGUUUUGAUUGGUUCCAUCAUGUAUCUCGUUCAUCGAUCAUAAGUCAGUCCCUAUCGUCUCAUCAUAUCCCAAACUCUCUAGACUUUUGCCAACGCCAAACAUCCCAUACUGUAUACACGACCUAACCCAAACAC